GGCUUUUCAAUAGACAAUACCAUAGAAUCAACCAGCUGUGUGGGGCAGGUGUCUGUUUAAUGAAAGGGAAUGAUGCGCAUAGGAAAUAAUCAAGCUGAUUUGUAGUUUCUAUUAUCCUAUUGGUACAGAUCAUCCUUUCAGUAGAUUUUGAAGAUGCUGUUGCCUUUAAACGUCUAGAUAUCUCUGCGCUACGCGUGGACGAUGCUACACAAGACAUUCCACUUAGAAACGGGUCUCUGCUGAAGUGAAGGUGACUCGCCUCGGAGUCGUGGUGAUGCAGAGAGGAGCUGCGAGAGCUACAGUGGUCCUGCGCGCUACGGGUUACUAAGGAAAACACUCGUUGUAACAUCUUAACAGGCUACAACAUCGCUGUGUAACAUAGAAAGAGUUGCUACAACAUACGCGGAUACAGGACAAAUUGACAGCGUGUUCCACAUCAAAGGGAUUAAAGCGUUAGAUGCGUAUGCAUGAGUUCUGCAUCGAAUGGGCGCAAGAACCGCCCCAGAUCAGCCGGGAAUAUUUUUCAAAUAAGCAAGCCUCCGUACACGGAGCGCAAGGAUAGCGAAGCUCAAUGCGCCGUUGGAGACUGCAGAAUGAUUGUCCAGGAGUUCAAUACCCUUGUGGCACUGUAUCGCGAACUAGUCAUCUCUAUUGGAGAGCUGUCAAGGGAUUGCCCCAGUCUUCGAGCAGAGAUGCACAAGACACGCAUUAAGGGCUGUGAGAUGGCACAAACCGCACACCAGCGCUUAACAGCCAUAUCCUGCCCAGAGGAUGGUGAGAUCCAGCCGGAGAUCUGCAGGCUCUUCAUCCAGCUGCAGUGCUGCCUGGAGAUGUACAUCACGGAGAUGCUCAAGUCUGUCUGUCUGCUGGGGUCCCUGAAGAUCCACAGGAAAGGUCAGACUUCCUCUGCUCUCCAAAGGAUGGAUAGCAAAGUGGAGGACACCUCAGAUAUCCCCAUCUUAGAGGACACGUCCUCAUCUCCUGUGGAAAGCUCGCAGGCUGGCCUCCUCGUAGCCACGGACAUCGACAACUCAGAAAGGGACAUGAGAGAGAUGAAGAACCUUCUAAGCAAACUCAGGGAGACAAUGCCUUUACCACUCAAGAACCAAGAUGACAGCAGCUUGCUGAACCUGACUCCCUAUCCACUGGUUAGACAAAGAAAGAGGAGAUUCUUCGGGCUGUGUUGCCUCGUCUCAAGCUAAGCGGCCCUUCCAGACACAGCAGGAUAAUAACAACAUCCUCAAUAAUCCUUUAGCACUUGCCACUCCUCACUCAGUAUACAGUAUACUGCCAUCUCCUGUGCUUUUUUUCUCUGCCUAUCUCAUUUUUAAACUAUACAAACAUAACUGUAAUAUAGCAAAUAGUCCAAAACAAAUAGUCAUUAACUUAAAUGUAGUAUGUUAUUGCUGUUGAAUGAAAGCCGUUCAUUUCUGAAAGAGGAAAGAAAAGACUGUCUGCAUUUAAGCAUUAGUGAUGUGAUACAGGCAAGCAGGAAGUAUUCAUAUUGCAAUUGGGAUGUGUUCAUAAUCAAAUUGAUUUUUCAUUGAACAUCCAGAUAAGACUUGCUAGAUUUUAGGGUUAUGCGUGAGAAAGAGUCACAACUAAGUCUGUCAUCAUUUUGAUAUUUAUUCUUUAGGACUCUGACAUUUAAAUAUCUCCCCACAUCAUAAUUAUGAUGAAUGUUUUCAUUAGACUAAGUUGAUUGAUUGACUGCGAUGGAUUAAAAAUGGACCAAACUAACGGACAACAGAACUCUGCUACUAAAGCCUAAAGGCAACCAAAUGUACUCAACCUAUGUUUAGCCAGCUCAUGUGCAAUAUCAGUGACAUACACACAGCAUGAGAGUUUUAACUUGAAUCAUACAGUUAGUUCAACAAAAUACAUGAAACUAAGUGCAAUCGCAUCUUUCUCCAAUAUCUGAGACAUAUCUCCCAGUGUCACACAAACAGUGUGAACUUUGCAAGGUGUGCGCUGCACUACAGUUUAUUUGGUUAACUCUCUGUUAUAACCCUACUAGGUAUCGUGUAGGUGUGAAAACCCUACCAGGCGGUGACUGCAAGUUUGUAACUGUAAGUGUAUCAUCUGAACGGCACGGCUAUGGUUACAAUUCCACUCCCAAAUUCUGUCAUGGCCGAGUUUGUGACGGCAAAGCAGGUGGGAAAUGAGCAGCCUCUUCUGAACACUUGAGAUGACACAGUGGUAAGGAUGCAUAUUUAUAAGCCCAGCGGAACAGGAGAAGGAGGAUGAACCGUAAGCCGAACUAUGUAUGUUUUUUUGUUAUUAUUAUUAUUUUAUUUUAGCUAUACAUAUACUUUAGUCUUCCAUGAACCGAGAACCUGUACGAAGAGUUUUCCUUUCCCACCACUCGGUGAAUACAAUACCUGCAUAGCCUUUGUGUACACACAUUAAGUGGUAAUAGUGGAGCACUCAAGAUUUGUUUGUGUAGAGUCAGUUCAGCAGGUUAGAGGUCUUAGGGGUGACAGGACAGCCUAAACCUGAUGCACAGACUGGACGUGCACAGCAUGGGUCUUGCUUAUUAUCAAUAACUGCUUCAAAUAUGUCAAGGCAUGGUGUAAAGGUUUCUGUAGUGCAAACAAAUGCUCUCUGUCAUUUUACAUGGGUAA